CAGUUUUCCAGUUGUUUUAUAACUUGCAGAUAUGCAGCUUAUUUUACUGCUUGUUUCAUUGCUCAUGCUCAUUGCUACAUUCAUCGAAGCGAGAGAUUCUGAUAUUGAUAAGAAAUCCCUUAGAACUGAACGACUAGGUUUUUGUCCUCGUUACGAAACUUGGCGUAAAUGUGGAAACGGAUGUGAAAAGAGUUGUACUCAUCCUAGACAACCACCAUUUUCCCAAUGCAAACUUCCAUGCAUUCCAUAUUCAUGUCGCUGUAAUCCCGGAUUUUAUCGUGAUAAUCAGGGAACUGGACGAUGUGUUCGCUUACGUAGAUGCAAGAAAUGGUAGAUUCCACUAUUAAUGGCCAUUCAGAGUUCUGUUGCAUUCCUAAACGCGAUAUUUACAUUAACCAAAUUUGAUAAAUGCUUUCAAAAAUAGUUUAAAUUGAUCUUUAUUUAGCUACCGCUCUUACUAAAAGAA